UUAGGGGAUGAGCCAGAGGAGAGUCAUGAGAAGUGUUUUAGACACCAGCCUCCUCUUACAAAUGUUGUUCUCCUGCUUUUCCUCUCUUUAUUCCUCCUCUUGUGAAUUGCAGGAACGGUUUCAUUUAAAUGGAAUGCACAAGACGGGAGAUGUGAUUCUUGGUGGACUUUUCAAACUCCACUUCUUUGCUGCCGAACCUGACCUGUCUUUUACCUCAGAGCCACAACAGCCUGAUUGCUUUGGUUUUGAUGCUACAGGAUUCAGAAAGGCUCAGACCAUGGCCUUUGCUAUUGAUGAGAUCAACAGAAACUCUGAUCUGCUGCCCAAUGUGACUCUGGGAUACAGUCUGUAUGAUAACUGUCUCCAACUACGAAUUGGAUUCCGUGCAGCACUGUCCUUAGUCAGUGGUCAAGAGGAGCAAGUUACAUUAGAGGAGAACUGUGUGGGACCUCCUCCAGUCCUAGGGGUUGUGGGUGAUUAUACCUCUACAAAUACUAUUUCCAUAUCCACGGUCUUAGGUUUGUACAAAGUGCCUCUGGUGAGUUAUUUUGCCACAUGUACCUGCCUGGGUGACCGACAAAAGUUCCCAUCUUUCUUUAGGACGAUCCCAAAUGAUACUUUUCAGGUUCGUGCUAUGAUUCAGAUUCUAAAACGCUUUGGAUGGACUUGGGCAGGUCUGCUCAUCAGUAAUGAUGAUUAUGGAAUCCACGGUGCCCGGAUCUUUCACUCUGAUAUGGGUCCAGUGGGUGGAGGUUGUUUGGCUUACACAGAGAUUUUGCCCUGGGGUGACGACCCUGCUGAACUCAGGAGAAUAGUGGAUGUGAUGAGGAAAUCUACAGCUCGAGUGGUGAUUGUGUUUGCACAUGAGAGUCAUGUGAUCCAACUACUGGGAGAGGUGGUAAGGCAGAAUGUGACAGGCCUGCAGUGGAUUGCCAGUGUAGACUGGACGUCAGUUGCUGUGCUCCAAACGCCUGACCUCAUGCCGUAUCUGGGUGGAACACUGGGCAUUGCCAUCCGUCGAGGAGAAAUACCAGAGCUUCGUGAUUUCCUGUUACAAAUACGACCUGACUUACAUCACAACACCACCCAGGAGAAGUACAUGGUGAAUCAGUUUUGGGAAAACACUUUUCGAUGUAGAUUUGAACCACCACCAGCAGGUUGGGCAGAAGCUGGAGGAGAAUUAUGCACUGGACAGGAAGCUAUAGAGGAUGUGGAGAGUGAGUUCUUGGACAUUUCAGACCUCAGGAUAGACUAUAAUGUCUAUAAGUCUGUGUACGCUCUGGCGUAUGCUCUUGACGACAUGCUGCAGUGUGAACCAGGGAGAGGACCAUUCAGCAACAACACCUGUGCUCAUUUACAAAAACUGGAGCCAUGGCAGAUGAUAUAUUACUUGGAAAAAGUCAACUUCACCACAACAUUUGGUCAUCAAGUGUCAUUUGAUGAGAAUGGUGAUGCCAUACCUGUAUACGACAUCAUGAACUGGGUGUGGCUCCCUGAUGGAAGAACUAAAGUUCAGAGAGUGGGUGAGGUUCAAAGGUCAGCCUUCAAAGCUGAAGAACUCACACUGGAUGAAGACAAAAUCUUCUGGAACUUUGAAUCCAAACAGCCUCCUCGGUCAGUGUGCAGUGAGAGCUGUCCUCCAGGUACCCGCAUGGCCAGAAAGAGGGGGGAACCGGAGUGUUGUUUUGACUGUGUCCCUUGUUCUGAGGGAAAGAUCAGCAAUAUGACUGACUCCAUGGAGUGCACCAGUUGUCCAGAAGAUUUCUGGUCCAGCCUGCAGCGUGACCACUGUGUUCCUAAGCAAACAGAGUACCUCUCCUAUUAUGAACCUCUGGGGAUCUGCUUGACAUUCACCUCACUGUUGGGCACGUUUAUCUGCAUUGUUGUUCUGGGCAUCUUCAUCCAUCAUCACAGCACACCUAUAGUUCGUGCCAACAAUUCAGAACUCAGCUUUCUUCUCUUGGUUUCACUUAAAUUGUGUUUCUUGUGUUCAUUGCUCUUCAUUGGACGACCCAGACCUUGGACCUGUCAACUAAGACAUGCAGCAUUUGGCAUCAGCUUUGUGCUUUGUGUCUCAUGUAUCCUGGUGAAAACCAUGGUGGUUCUGGCUGUGUUCAGGGCCUCCAAACCGGGAGGUGAGUCCAGUCUGAAGUGGUUUGGUGCUGUGCAGCAGAGAGGGACAGUUCUGGUUCUGACUUCUAUUCAAGCAGCAAUCUGCACUGUCUGGCUUGUCUCUGCUUCACCAAUGCCUUAUAAAAACACCCAGUAUUACAAUGACAAGAUAGUUUAUGAGUGUGUAGUUGGGUCCACAGUUGGUUUUGCAGUUUUACUUGGUUAUAUUGGUUUACUGGCCAUCCUCAGUUGUUUGUUAGCCUUUUUAGCAAGGAAUCUUCCGGACAGCUUCAAUGAGGCCAAACUCAUCACUUUCAGCAUGCUGAUCUUCUGUGCAGUGUGGGUGGCCUUUAUCCCUGCUUACAUCAACUCGCCAGGCAAAUAUGCAGAUGCAGUGGAGGUAUUUGCCAUCCUAGCCUCCAGUUUUGGCAUCUUGGUGGCGCUGUUUGGACCAAAAUGUUAUAUAAUCCUUGUGAGACCAGAGAGGAACACAAAGAAAGCCAUCAUGGGUCGUGGCAAGGGUUCAGAAAACCCAAUUUAAUAAUCGUUUCUGUCCAAACAAAAUAAAAUUGAUAAAUAAUAAAAUGAUAAAUAGACCUAUUUUUCAAUCUUCACCAUGAUGCAGUGAAGGUGUGCUACAACUAGAGUAUUCUUGAAAUUCUUCUCACUUUUUUAUUUUCCAUAUCUGUGAACAGUUCAUUUACUUGGUGAAAAACUGUCUCUGAUCAUUUGAGUGCACGAAAAAAAAAUGAGGUGACAAAACAAUUGAUUUUGCUUGAACAGACUCAUCAGUUAUGAAACAGUCGUCUGUGAAUGAAACAAAACAAGUCCUCGGUAAAGUGCCAUGAAUACAGGAAAAUAAU